CUUCAUCUCCCGGCGGGCCGAGCGCUGAAGGCAGCGGCGCGGCGCGGCGCCUUUGUGGUAGCGGUGGCCCCGCGCGGAGGAAGUUCCGGUCUCCGCGGCGCUGGUUCGGUGGCGGAGGCUGAGGAGAAGGAGGAGCGGGCCGUGGAGGCUUCGCCGCGUAGGUAGGGUCCCGGGACUGGAGAGAGGGCGUGCCAGAACCUGCGGGGGAAGAGCCUGCAGACGGGCCCACUCUAGACGUCGCAGGCCCGCGCGGCCUGAAAGCUGUGGCUUCGGUGUCUCGGGGCAGCUGCGGCCUCGCUCGGAAAGAAGACCAAGCUACGGUGAGACAGUGUCUUACUUUGUUGUCCAGGCUGGAGUGCAGUGGUUCAGUCACAGCUGUCUGCAGCCCUGACCUUCUCGGUUCAAGCUAUUCUCUCACCUCACCCUCUUGAGUAGCUGAGACUACACGUGCACGCCACGACGGUACUGCUAUAACCAUAAUUUGGUAGAAAAACCAUCUACUCGUUGGGGCCGUCUUGAUAAAAAGAGAUGUGGGGGGAUUCUCGACCUGCUAACAGAACUGGACCUUUUCGUGGGAGCCAAGAAGAAAGGUUUGCUCCCGGGUGGAACAGGGAUUAUCCUCCUCCUCCCCUUAAGAGUCAUGCUCAAGAGAGACACUCUGGCAACUUUCCUGGCAGAGAUUCACUUCCCUUUGAUUUCCAGGGGCAUUCGGGGCCUCCUUUUGCAAAUGUAGAGGAGCAUUCUUUCAGCUAUGGAGCUAGAGACGGACCGCAUGGUGACUAUCGAGGAGGGGAGGGACCUGGACAUGAUUUCAGGGGGGGAGAUUUUUCGUCUUCUGAUUUCCAGAGCAGAGAUUCAUCACAGUUGGACUUCAGGGGUAGGGACAUACAUUCUGGGGAUUUUCGGGAUAGAGAAGGACCACCUAUGGACUAUAGGGGUGGAGAUGGUACUUCUAUGGAUUAUAGAGGUAGGGAGGCACCUCAUAUGAACUACAGAGACAGGGAUGCUCACGCUGUUGACUUCAGAGGUAGGGAUGCUCCUCCAUCUGACUUCAGGGGCCGGGGCACUUAUGAUUUAGAUUUUAGAGGCCGAGAUGGAUCCCAUGCAGAUUUUAGGGGAAGGGAUUUAUCAGAUUUGGAUUUUAGGGCCAGGGAACAGUCCCGUUCUGAUUUUAGGAAUAGAGAUGUAUCUGAUUUGGACUUCAGAGACAAAGACGGAACACAAGUAGACUUUAGAGGCCGAGGUUCAGGUACUACUGAUCUAGACUUUAGAGACAGGGAUACGCCACAUUCAGAUUUCAGAGGUAGACACCGGUCUAGGACUGAUCAGGAUUUUAGGGGCAGAGAGAUGGGAACUUGUAUGGAAUUUAAAGAUAGGGAGAUGCCCCCUGUGGAUCCAAAUAUUUUGGAUUACAUUCAGCCCUCUACACAAGAUAGAGAACAUUCUGGUAUGAAUGUGAACAGGAGAGAAGAAUCCACACGUGACCAUACGAUAGAAAGGCCUGCUUUCGGCAUUCAGAAGGGAGAAUUUGAGCAUUCAGAAACAAGAGAAGGAGAAACACAAGGUGUAGCCUUUGAACAUGAGUCUUCAGCAGACUUUCGGAACAGCCAGAGUCCAAUUCAAGACCAAGAUAAGUCACAGCUUUCUGGAGGUGAACAGCAGAGUUCAGAUGCUGGUCUGUUUAAAGAAGAAGGCGGUCUGGACUUUCUUGGGCGGCAAGACACUGAUUACAGAAGCAUGGAGUACCGUGAUGUGGAUCAUAGGCUGCCAGGAAGCCAGAUGUUUGGCUAUGGCCAGAGCAAGUCUUUUCCAGAGGGCAAAACUGCCCGAGAUGCCCAACGGGACCUUCAGGAUCAAGAUUAUAGGACUGGCCCAAGUGAGGAGAAACCCAGCAGGCUUAUUCGAUUAAGUGGGGUGCCUGAAAAUGCCACAAAAGAAGAGAUUCUUAAUGCUUUUCGGACUCCUGAUGGCAUGCCUGUAAAGAACUUGCAGUUGAAGGAGUAUAACACAGGUUACGACUAUGGCUAUGUCUGCGUGGAGUUUUCACUCUUGGAAGAUGCCAUCGGAUGCAUGGAGGCCAACCAGGGAACUCUAAUGAUCCAGGACAAAGAAGUUACCCUUGAGUAUGUACCAAGCCUGGAUUUUUGGUACUGCAAACGAUGUAAGGCAAGUAUUGGUGGGCACCGAUCUUCCUGUUCAUUCUGCAAGAACCCAAGGGAAGUGACAGAGGCCAAGCAAGAAUUAGUAACCUACCCUCAGCCUCAGAAAACAUCCAUACCAGCACCAUUGGAAAAACAGCCCAACCAGCCCCUAAGAGCAACUGAUAAGGAACCUGAACCCAGGAAGAGGGAAGAAGGACAAGAGUCACGCUUAGGAUAUCAAAAGAGAGAAGCAGAAAGGUAUCUGCCUCCUUCUCGAAGGGAAGGGCCAGCUUUCCGAAGAGACCGAGAGAAGGAGUCAUGGUCUGGAGAGACACGCCAGGACGGAGAGAGCAAAACCAUCAUGCUAAAGCGUAUCUAUCGUUCCACACCACCUGAGGUGAUAGUGGAAGUGCUGGAGCCCUAUGUCCGCCUUACUACUGCCAAUGUCCGUAUCAUCAAGAACAGAACAGGCCCUAUGGGACAUACCUAUGGCUUUAUUGACCUCGACUCCCAUGCGGAAGCUCUUCGUGUGGUGAAGAUCUUACAGAACCUUGAUCCACCAUUUAGCAUUGAUGGGAAGAUGGUAGCUGUAAACCUGGCCACUGGAAAACGAAGAAAUGAUACUGGGGACCAUUCUGACCACAUGCAUUACUAUCAGGGUAAAAAAUAUUUCCGAGAUAGGAGGGGAGGUGGCAGAAAUUCAGACUGGUCUUCAGAUACAAAUCGACAAGGACAACAGUCAUCAUCUGACUGCUACAUAUAUGAUUCUGCUACUGGCUACUAUUAUGACCCCUUGGCAGGAACUUAUUAUGACCCCAAUACCCAGCAAGAAGUCUAUGUGCCCCAGGAUCCUGGAUUACUUGAGGAAGAAGAGAUCAAGGAAAAAAAACCCACCAGUCAAGGAAAGUCAAGUAGCAAGAAGGAAAUGUCUAAAAGAGAUGGCAAAGAGAAAAAAGACAGAGGAGUAAUGAGGUUUCAGGAAAAUGCCAGUGAAGGGAAGGCCCCUGCAGAAGACGUCUUUAAGAAGCCCCUGCCUCCUACUGUGAAGAAGGAAGAGAGUCCCCCUCCACCUAAAAUGGUAAACCCACUGAUCGGGCUCUUGGGUGAAUAUGGAGGAGACAGUGACUAUGAGGAGGAAGAAGAGGAAGAACAGACCCCUCCCCCACAGCCCCGCAUAGCACAGCCCCAGAAGCGUGAAGAGCUCCCCAAGAAGGAGAAUGAAGAAGACAAACUCACUGACUGGAAUAAACUGGCUUGUCUGCUCUGCAGAAGGCAGUUUCCCAAUAAAGAAGUUCUGAUCAAACACCAGCAGCUGUCAGACCUGCACAAGCAAAACCUGGAAAUCCACCGGAAGAUAAAACAGUCUGAGCAGGAGCUAGCCUAUCUGGAAAGGAGAGAACGAGAGGGAAAGUUUAAAGAAAGAGGAAAUGAUCGCAGGGAAAAGCUCCAGUCUUUUGACUCUCCAGAAAGGAAACGGAUUAAAUACUCCAGGGAAUCUGACAGUGAUCGUAAACUUGUUGAUAAAGAAGAUACCGACACUAGCAGCAAAGGAGGCUGUGUCCAACAGGCUACUGGCUGGAGGAAAGGGGCAGGCCUGGGAUAUGGCCAUCCUGGAUUGGCUCCAUCAGAGGAGGCUGAAGGCCGGAUGAGGGGCCCCAGUGUUGGAGCCCCAGGAAGAACCAGCAAAAGACAGUCCAAUGAGACUUAUCGAGAUGCUGUUCGAAGAGUCAUGUUUGCUCGGUAUAAAGAACUCGAUUAAGAAUGGAGACAAGUUCCAUGGGACACAACCUCCUUCUUGUUUUGUUUGUCUCUCCUUUUCUUUUGUUACUGUUCUUGCUGCUAGAACUUUUUUAAAUAAACUUUUUUUCAAUGUGA